GCCCCCCCCCUCCAAGAGAAAAAAAAAAAAAGAUAACUAUCCAUCUCCUGGAUGAACUGUCAAUCUUUCAUCGCCCGUUUUAUUUCAUCGUUUCCAUCCCACAACCCUUAGGAAAGGAACGCUUGAACCUUGGAUCUCACAACUCUUCCAUAUCCGCAGUCUUCUCCUUUUCCAUGCAUUACGGCAUCCACCUUCUCACGCCCGCGGUUGCCAUCGUGGGACUAGUGAUCCAGUGCGGGACGAACGCGGCCAUAAUACCCGACUCGCUGGGCCGCCGAGCCCCCGUUGAACCGAGGAGUGUUCACACUGUUCAGGAGUUCCCGAAUCCAGCUGAUUCGGCCCCCGAGCCGCCUCGAUGGUCCAGCCGAAUUCGAGAUAGUAUUAUCGGUCGGUUAUUCGGGGACACCAACCGGCACGGAAGGCGGAAGGAGAAUCAGAGAUACUUGUCCGAGACCGCGAAGCUUGCCUCGCAGUAUGCUAGCGAUGUGGUGUUGCGCUUCACCCUCAAGACACCCGAGGAGAUGAAAGCUCUAGCCGAGGCUUCCAACAUCUUGCUUUUGGACGUUUGGUCGACAACCAAGACCCACGCUGAUAUUAGGAUAGCGGAGGCAGAUAUCCCACCUCUACUAGACCUCUUGCCCGCUUCAUUACAGCAUUCACAUGUCCGUUUGAUGCACGACUUGAGCCAGACUGCUCGAGAUACUUAUCCUGGAGCCUCGACCGCUAGCCGUUACUAUGGCCAAACACUGGACGGAGUCCAAAGCAUCUUCUUCCAAGAUUACCAACCGCAUGAUGUAAUUCAGGCGUGGAUGAAUCUCCUCAGAUCACUCUUUCCUAGUCUCGUAGAAAUUGUAAGUAUUGGGAAGAGCUAUGAGGGACGCGAUAUCCAAGCCAUUCGCGUUGGAAAUCCGCGGGCGGAUGGAAUGAAGAGGAAAACCAUCAUUGUGACUGGAGCAGUUCAUGCGAGGGAAUGGAUUAGUGUUUCGACGGUAUCCUAUUUGGCAUACUCCCUUAUCACUGGAUACGGAAGGAAUAAAGAUCGCUUGUCGGAUACCCUAGUUGAUGAAUUUGACUGGUACUUUAUCCCGACUCUGAACAUCGAUGGAUAUGUGUAUACAUGGGAGGGCGAUAGGCUUUGGAGGAAGAAUAGGCAGCCAACCACCUUGGCUUUCUGCAAAGGAAUUGACCUGGACAGAGCGUACAACUUUCAUUUCGAUGGGUCGUCUCAAUCGCAGUCGAACCCUUGCAGCGACAUGUUCCCGGGAGCUUCCCCCUUCGAGGCAACAGAAGCAAAGGCGUUUUCAGAUUGGACAUACAAUAUCACCAGGGAGGGGGCCGAGAUAGUGGGACUACUUGACUUCCAUUCCUACUCACAACAAAUUCUCUACCCAUACUCAUACUCCUGCGAUAGCAUGCCCCCAGACCUCGAGAACCUCGAAGAGCUAGGAUUCGGCCUGGCUAAAGCCAUUCGAUUGGUUUCUGGUGAGCAUUAUGAAGUGACGUCAGCUUGCGAGGGCACAGGGUUUGCCAAGUACCAGGGCACAACGGGCGGCGGGAGCAUGAUGGACUUUUUCUACGCCGAGGAUCGUAUUCCCUACUCGUACCAGAUUAAACUGAGGGAUACAGGUAGCUACGGCUUUUUGCUUCCCAGGGACCAUAUCCUCCCCGCUGGCGAGGAGAGCAUGAACCUGUUGAAGCAUUUCGGACAGUUCAUUCUCGAUGAUAGGUCUCCAGUACAGCGACACGGUGAUUUGAAGAAGGCGAAGAAGUGAAAUCUUUCCUUGUGUUCUGUUCUGGGCUCUUGGGAUUUUUUUUUUUGAUUCAAAUGAAUCGGGAGUGGGUUGGUGGUUUUCUUUAGUGUUUUCGUGGUCACGGUUUGUGACAUGUAUUCGGGUGGUGUACGGAACCAAACAAACCGCAGGUUGGUCUGUGUGGGUAGGCUGGGUAUUCGAUUUUUAUUCGGUGUUUUGGGGCGGUCAUGGUUUGCUUUGCGUGUUCACAAGUUAGGCAGGCCCGCAAAAAUUGGCAUAUAUCUGGCAUGCCUGGAGUGGGGUGGAUGGAUGGAAUAGGGAGCCUCAAAAAGUGUUCUUCUUGGAGGGGUUGACUUUUUGUAUAUUCCGGGGAGCUGUUUGUUUCUUUUUGCUGUUUGUCUCCGCCAUCUUCUUUCUUCCUCUUUUCGGAUAUCGCUUUAAUGAGCACAAAGUGCUGUAGCUGUAAUAAUGAGAAAAACAAACAAACCGCUA